CUCGCCUGCUUCCCUCGGCCGCCGGGCUCCGGGGCGAGUGACAGCGACUACCGGUCGCCGGCACGGAGAGGGCGACGACCAUGUCGGACAGUGGGGCGAGUCGCCUUCGGCGGCAGCUGGAGUCGGGGAGCUUCGAGGCGCGGCUGUACGUGAAGCAGCUGUCGCAGCAGUCGGACGGGGACCGCGACCUGCAGGAGCAUCGGCAGCGCGUCCAGGCGCUGGCGGAGGAGACGGCGCAGAACCUGAAGCGCAACGUCUACCAGAACUACCGGCAGUUCAUCGAGACGGCACGCGAGAUCUCCUACCUGGAGAGCGAGAUGUACCAGCUCAGCCACCUGCUGACGGAGCAGAAGAGCAGCCUGGAGAGCAUCCCGCUGGCGCUGCUGCCGGCCGCGGGCGCGGGCGCGGGCGCGGCGGCCGGCGAGGACGCGGGGGGCGCGGCGCGGGAGCGGGGCCGCGGGGCCGCGGGCUUCCUACCCGGCCCCGCGGGCGCCCCGCGCGAUGGCCCCGGCGCGGGCGAGGAGGGCAAGCAGCGCACGCUCACCACGCUGCUGGAGAAGGUGGAGGGCUGCCGGCACCUGCUGGAGACACCGGGCCAGUACCUGGUGUACAACGGGGACCUGGUGGAGUACGAGGCGGACCACAUGGCCCAGCUGCAGCGCGUGCACGGCUUCCUCAUGAACGACUGCCUGCUGGUGGCCACCUGGCUGCCGCAGCGGCGCGGCAUGUACCGCUACAACGCGCUCUACCCGCUGGACGGGCUGGCCGUGGUCAAUGUCAAGGACAACCCGCCCAUGAAGGACAUGUUCAAGCUGCUCAUGUUUCCCGAGAGCCGCAUCUUUCAGGCGGAGAACGCCAAGAUCAAGCGCGAAUGGCUGGAAGUGCUGGAGAACACCAAGAGGGCGCUGGGCGAGAAGCGGCGUCGGGAGCAGGAGGAGGCCGCCGUCCCGCGAGCGCCGCCCGCCGCCGUCAAGGGCAGCAACCCCUUCGAGGACGACGACGACGACGACGACGAGCCGGAGGCUCCCGAGGAGGAGGAGGAGAAGGUGGACCUGUCCCUGGAGUGGAUCCAGGAGCUGCCCGAAGACCUGGACGUCUGCAUCGCCCAGAGGGACUUCGAGGGCGCCGUGGACUUGCUGGACAAGCUGAACCACUACCUGGAAGACAAGCCCAGCCCGCCCCCCGUGAAGGAGCUCAGGGCCAGGGUGGACGAGCGCGUACGGCAGCUGACCGAGGUGCUGGUGUUCGAGCUGUCCCCCGACCGCUCGCUGAGGGGCGGCCCCAAGGCCACCCGCCGGGCCGUGUCGCAGCUGAUCCGCCUUGGCCAGUGCACGAAGGCCUGCGAGCUGUUUCUGAGAAACAGGGCGGCGGCCGUGCAUACAGCCCUGCGCCAGCUGCGCAUCGAGGGCGCCACUCUGCUGUACAUCCACAAGCUGUGCCACGUGUUCUUCACCAGCCUGCUGGAGACUGCCAGGGAGUUCGAGACUGACUUCGCAGGUACCGACAGCGGUUGCUACUCCGCCUUCGUGGUCUGGGCCCGCUCGGCCUUGGGCAUGUUUGUGGACGCCUUCAGCAAGCAGGUGUUUGACAGCAAGGAGAGCCUGUCGACCGCCGCCGAGUGCGUGAAGGUGGCGAAGGAGCACUGCCAGCAGCUGGGAGAGAUCGGCCUGGACCUCACCUUCAUCAUCCACGCCCUGCUGGUGAAGGACAUCCAGGGCGCCUUGCACAGCUACAAGGCGAUCAUCAUCGAAGCCACCAAACACCGCAACUCGGAGGAGCUGUGGCGGCGCAUGAACCUGAUGACGCCCGAGGCCCUGGGCAAGCUCAAAGAGGAGAUGCGGAGCUGCGGGGUUAGCAACUUCGAGCAGUACACGGGCGACGACUGCUGGGUGAACCUCAGCUACACCGUGGUGGCCUUCACCAAGCAGACCAUGGGCUUCCUGGAGGAGGCUCUGAAGCUCUACUUCCCCGAGCUGCACAUGGUGCUCCUGGAGAGCUUGAUGGAGGUCAUCUUGGUCGCCGUUCAGCACGUGGACUACAGCCUCCGGUGCGAGCAGGAUCCCGAGAAGAAGGCUUUCAUCAGACAGAACGCCUCCUUUCUGUACGAAACAGUCCUCCCGGUGGUGGAGAAGAGGUUCGAGGAAGGGGUGGGGAAGCCUGCGAAGCAGCUCCAGGACCUGAGGAACGCAUCCCGACUCAUGCGCGUGAACCCCGAGAGCACCACCUCUGUGGUGUGAGCCACCCACCGCGGGCAUCGUUUGCAUUGAGCGCAUCCGCACAGGCCUUCGCCCCUCUGGCUGCUUGCACAUAGAAAGUGCCCUCGAAGAAGUGGAGUCAGAAGGAGGAAGAAAGUAUGUUAACUUAAGCCCAAAUAACAAAAAUACCUUAGGUUAUUAAACUGUUCUGCGCUUUCCUUUAACAUUAUGCUAAUUCUUUGAUGAAAUGUAUGGCAUUUCAGAUUGUCAAAACACACCUUUUCCCAGGAUGUAUUACCCACCGCAGAAAUGCUGCCUGUAAAUACAUAGAGCCAAAAUGACAGGGUUCUUCAACAGGUAGUUCCAUGUAGAGCACCCCUGUGUUUCCUUAAGCUAAUGGAACAAUUUGGAGGAAAAGAACAAGACUUGGGAAAAUUUUUUUUAGGGUAAAUUUUAGUCAAAAGAACCCUUUCUUGAAACUGCUAGUGUGUGGAUGGCAAACACUCCCAUCCUUGUAGAAACAAACACAAUUUGGCUGGCAUUUCCAACAUAAUUUUAAAGGCUGAUUAUUACUUUGUGUGUGUUUGUAUGUGGUACUGGGGCUUGAACUCAGGGCCUACACCUUGAGCCACUCCACCAGCCCUUUUUUAUGUUGGGUCUUUUGAG